AGAGAGAGAAAGAGAGAGAAAGAGAGAGAGGGGCUGCAAGGCGACUCGGUUGGCAGUGUGCGCCUCUGCCUCUCCAGCAGCGGGAGAGAUGUGCGUAACAUGCAGCGGAGAGCGGUGAUCAUCAUCUGCGCGCCGCAUCGCCGUGGACCGCCGUGCGCAACCGAAGACGGAGACACGCCGAGGGGCGCAGCCCGGUUCGCACAAGCUGUCGUGACUCCCGAGAAGCCGAGAAGAGACUCUUGAGGAGGAGAAAAAUCAAGAAGUGUUGUGAGGAGGAGGAGGAGGAGGGGGGGAAAGAUGCCAGCCCUUCAGAUGGUGAUUGGGGGUUAAUCGCCCCUCUGUUUUGGAGCCACUCUGACGCACCGGCGGCGAAGCGCAUAUUCCUAUUUUUUGGGGUUAUUUAUUUUUUUUCCCACGGAAUCCUCGAAGCAAUCAUCAUCAUCACACCUAAACCGGACUAUCAAGUGUGGAUUUUUUUUUCUUCUUCUUCUUCUUUGCAUGCUGAAUUACAACAGAAUAUGAGUCAGCGCGUGUCUGUGAGCUGAGGUGGAGCGUGUGUCUCUCUCCCGCCGCUCGGCUGUCUCGGUCCGCCACAAAAACCUUCCUACGCCAGGAUGCAGCUGCUCAGAGUUGCGUGGGCACUGACCGGAGCGGCGAUCUGCUGCUUUCUCAUCCUCCUCAUCCACUCCCGCCUGCUCAAAGAAGGCCAGCUGGCAGCGGGGACAUGUGAGAUUGUGACGCUGGACAGGGACAGCAGCCAACCACGGCGGACCAUCGCCAGGCAGACGGCCCGCUGCGCCUGUAAGAAGGGCCAGAUCGCUGGAACUACAAGAGCCAGACCCGCCUGUGUGGACGCUGGCAUUGUUCGGAAAAAGCAGUGGUGUGAGAUGGUGCCAUGUUUGGAGGACGAAGGCUGUGACCUGUUAGUCAAUAAAUCUGGAUGGACUUGUACACAGCCCGGAGGCCGAGUCAAAACCACCACGGCUCUAUGACGCGACAAGAGUCCCCCUCGACACUCUUGCACUAUGGAGAGCAUUGAUGACCCCUUGACAGACAGCCAAAACCCACCUACCACCAACACCACCACCACCAUCACAACAGCUCCACCUUUACCCUGGUCCCGCAAAGGCAGGAAGCAACACAAGGGCCUUAUGGAGGCAACAAGGUCUCAUAACACAGCCAGAGAUGGGAAAACCAGGGAGUGACUGUCGGAGGGAGUAUUGCUCUCCCCUGGACACUGGAUAAACUCGCUGUAAAACACUUUCUAUUUCCCUCUCCGGGUGUCUGACUGCUCCCUCCUGCUAUCUGUCGUUGGGUCAACAUGUUGCGUCCACCUCCUUCUCCACUGUAUCUGCCUGCUCUGUGAAAUUAGCAGCACCUGCUCGUGCCACGGAGGAAUCGGACACCUUGAAAAUCCCACGAGUGGUUCUUUUUUUUGCCUCAUUGGAAGUCCACUGUUUGGAGCUGCUAACCGCAAUUAAAUAAGGGAUUGCCCUCCUACCCCACCCCACCAC